AUGUCGUUUGCUGAUGCUGCGAGUGGAUUACUAAGGACACUGGCCCUAUGGCGUACGUUAUUGUUCGCUAUUGGUUCCACUAAUAGAAAUAACGAUAUCGCCGGCGGGGUCCCUGUUCCUUCUGCGUCUAGCGGCCCCGACGCGGAGCUAAUAGAGCUACGACCCUGGACCGCCACUGCCAUUACUGAACCAUCUGCAUCCGUACCUUCCAUUUUUUCCAAUUCGCGCGAAAGACUUACAGAUACGACAACCACGAAUUAUCCCGCCGCCGAUCGUUCCUGCGACGAAAUUAGAACCCCCGAACUCCCGAGAGCGGCCGUUAUCCGUCGCUCAGGCAGGGAAACUACACCCGGUCCAAUUUGCUACGCUAGUUCUUUCAGCGGCGACCCAGAAAGCAGCGCGAGCAAUAGCAGCAGAAACUUAGAAGGAACAACAACUAAGAUAAACGGUAAUGACGCGGCACGUCGACGAGCAGUGAGGAAGAAGCAACAGGCGAGUGAGCUCUGUUGGAGGGAGUACUGGGGAUAA